AUGGGUAGUUCGACAUCUUCGUUCUCGAAUUUUGAUGCAACAAUUCAAGUCAAAGAUGGAACAACAUUUCGAAUAUCAUAUGCUGAUUUGAUUGAUCAUGUUUUGUUACUUCGAAAAGUUAUUUCACAUCCAGAAAUGACACAACAAGGAUCUGAAUUAGAUUAUUUUAUUAAAGAUUAUUGUAAACGAAUGGCACAACAGGAAAUGAUAAGUAAAAAACAACAAUUAAAACUUCCAUGGCAAAUUGAAUGGAUUUGGCACGUACAUCGCCUGCAUCCAGUAGCUUAUUUCAAUGAUUGUACAAAACAACUACAAGGCGGAAAUCUUGUUGAUAAAUUGGCAUACAAUUUAAUAAAAAAUCGUCACAAAAAACAUCAUUCAAAAACAGUUUUUACAUCAAUAAAAAAUGAUUUGUCGUUUGUACCAUCCAUUGAUUUAAUACAAGCUGUUAUUCGUCAACGUGAUUUUCUAGAAAAAUUUCAAAAACAUGAUCUAUAUGUACGAAAAUUUAAACAACAAGAUCGUUCAUAUUUCGAACAGUUAGUACAAAAUUAUGUUUCGUUUCUAAAAUUAGCACGAAAAAACGAAAUGAUUGUACCAACGUUUGAGAUUGAUAUAAUGUGGCAUUCACAUAUGAGACGUCCAGCACAUUAUCAUACAGUUUCAAAAGCUUUAUGUGGAUUUAUUCUCGAUCAUGAUGACGCCAUCGAAGAAAAUAUCCUAUCAAAUAAUUAUGAGAAAACAGCUGAACGAUGGAAACAGACAUAUAAUACAGAUUAUGGUCGUAAUAUUGAUCGAAAAAAUAUCGAAGCAUCACAAUAUGUCAGUUCAUGUGCAAUGGUUUUUGUGCCGAUUUUUCUUGCGGGUAGUAUUGUACAUUCAUCAUGUGCAGCAGUUGGAGGUGGAUGCGAUUCUAUUUGUGGUGGUGGUGGUGGUGGCGGAGGCGGUUGUAGUGGUGGAGGAGGAGGCGGCUGUGGUGGUGGUGGUGAUGGAGGAGGAGUUGGAGGUGGCUGUGGAGGUGGAGGCGGCUGUGGAGGCGGAGGCGGCUGUGGUGGUGGAGGCGGCUGCGGUGGUGGAGGUUGCUGA